CCCAAACCAAGCAUGAUUCAUUUCCCUGGAUCCCCCGGCCCCGGUGUCAUCUUACACUCCUUAUAUAGCCUGGGAGCCGGGGAGCGCUGGCGGGACUCGGAGCCUGUACUCUUCCGCCCGCUGCCUUGGUUUCUUGACAUGGAGGAAUAUAAAGUGACUUUGGAAGGACCUGCCCCUUGGGGCUUCCGGCUACAGGGAGGCAAGGAUUUUAACAUGCCCCUUUCCAUCUCCCGGCUUACGCCAGCUGGAAAGGCCGAGGUGGCUGGGGUGAAGGUGGGUGACUGGCUGCUGCAGAUUGAGGGGGAAAGCACCUCAACCUUGACCCAUAUUGAGGCCCAAAACAGGAUCCGGGCCUGCAGCAACAAACUGAGCCUUGCCCUCAGCAGAUUCUCACAUGGUCUGAGUAACCAGCCAAAGGGUGUGCUUGCUUCUGAGUCCCAAGGAGUGAAGUAUAACUUUGCACCAAGCACCUCUCUGAACAAAACUGCCCUGCCGUUUGGUGCCAGCACACAACCCCCAGACAACACUUGGCCAGCUCAAGUCACCAAGCCAGUGACAUACAACCCCCCACCAUCGUCUUAUAACAACAAUCCAACACCCAGAGCCCAGCAGCAGAACGGGCAGGAGAACAGUACUGUAUCAGCCGUGUCUGGACAAGGUAAGGCAGAUUCUCCAGCUCCACCUGUGGCUCCCUCUGGACCUGCGGUGCGUCCCCCUUGGGCUACGGACCCCACGUUUGCUGAACGUUAUGCUCCUGACAAAACAACCACUGUUAUGACAAAGCACAGCCAGCCAGCAACUCCCACCCCAGCCCAAAACCGCAGUUCAAUUCUGCAAGCAGCACAGCCCGCCACUACUGGGGAGAAGACUCCUAUCUGUUCUCAGUGCAACAAGGUCAUUCGGGGGCGAUACUUGCUUGCACUGGGAAGAUACUAUCACCCCGAGGAGUUUACAUGCUCACAAUGCCACAAUGUUCUUGAAGAAGGAGGGUUCUUUGAGGAGAAGGGGUCCAUAUUUUGCCCUCGCUGCUAUGACGUUAGGUUUGCCCCCAACUGUGCAAAGUGCAAGAAGAAGAUCACAGGGGAGAUUAUGCACGCACUGAAGAUGACAUGGCAUGUCCAGUGUUUUACCUGUGCUUUCUGUAAGACUCCCAUUCGUAACCGAGCCUUCUACAUGGAAGAAGGGCAGCCUUACUGUGAAAAAGAUUAUGAGAAGAUGUUCGGCACCAAGUGCCGUGGCUGUGACUUUAAGAUUGAUGCGGGCGAUCGUUUCUUGGAAGCUUUGGGAUUCAGCUGGCAUGACACCUGCUUUGUUUGUGCAAUCUGCCAAGUGAACCUGGAAGGCAAGACAUUUUACUCCAAGAAAGAUAAACCUCUCUGCAAGACCCAUGCCUUCUCCAAUGUCUGAGAGCACCAAGACACUUCCACAUAGACGCACUCACAAACUCACUCCAAAGGCCAGAUAGACACACUCACAGACAUGCACCCCCCAUGCUUUCAAGAAGAAUGGAACACGCAGGACCACUGGUUCAGUAAUGGUCCAUUAUAUGUAUUUUUGUCGGACUUUACAAAGAGUGAUGGAAGGAUUGAAGAAAGGCAAACGUAGAAAAACCCCCCAAAACCUUCUAGUAUAGGGCCCAUGCCAUGUUUUUCAUCUUUUAACAAAUUCAAUUUCCAGGAACUUCACGCAAUCUACAGACUGUCCAAUGGCAUGAACUUGGCUGUAUUAAUAAAAUUAUUGUUUAUAGGUUACCUGCUAUCACCUCAGAGACGGUUGCCAGAGAUGCAGCAUAGAUAAAAAAUCAGACCAGAGUACUAGUUCAAAUUCUGCUACAGAAGUAUUUUCAAACAGGUUAAACAAAGCGUAUUGCUAAGUGAGGUGUUCAAUUUCUUUCUCACCUACUUGGAAAGCAAACAGCGGAAGCCGUCCUAAGCAUUAGAAGUUGCCACCUUCAUAGUCUGAAUGCCAGUUGUAUUAGUGGCAUGUUUUUUUUGUUUUUUUAAACAUUGACAAAGAAGACCUCUUUGUCAAUGAGAUAAGGACACUGCUCAUGUUUACCCAUCACAGGGAACCCCAAGGAAGGCAGGUAUAUAAGGAUUUGGGAAGAAAAACAGGUCAAACAGAGUCGGGGAAGUUUACAAAGAGCUGAGGGUUGGAGAAUAUGGAGUCAAGUAGUUUACAAAGUCUGGGGUGUGAACAUUUUGGACAUAGGUGGUACUUUACAGAUGGCAAUAUCUUGGGACAUCAGCAAACUAUAUGAUUCCUAUGCAGAUCUGAUAAACUGUAUAUGUUACACAUAGGUCGUUAUUCUUACUGGUGCAAAGUAAUGGUUGUAGUGUAGUGCUGUGAAUGUUCUAUAUGUCACUUAAGAUACCUGAAGGCACAUCUGGGCUAUAUGCAUUGCCCCAUCUUCUCCUGAGCUACAGCUUCCAUCAUGCUUCAGUAGCUGAAGGGCUGCAAUGUUGCUGAAGCCUGGUGUUGGAGUGCUACGCUGCUGACCUCAUAACACCACUGAAGAACCACAUUUCAUGCCUUUGUUUUAAAUUGUGCUCAGGAAAAUGUGAUCCAACUCCACGGGAUUGCAUGGGACAGUCUCUGACGGUCCUUGAGCUACAAUUUCCAUCACCACCAGAGGUAGCUGAGUAAAGCAGCUGGAAGGCUGCAGGAUGUACAAAGAGGGCCACUAGAUGUGGCCCUGAGGUAACUUGCAGUUUGACAGCAGUAAACCCACACAGUCCUAUGUCUGACCUUGGCAAAAAUAACCAUUUUGAUUGUUAUCUCCAGUUGUGCGUGUUAUAUCUGAUGGAGCAUUUAAUGGCUAAAAAAUCCAUAUGUUUAUGUGUAUUGCCGUUUCUUUUAUGCUUAUUAAACAUUCUACUUUUUAGCUUCUUAUUAAAACAUCACAAUCUAGUUCAGUA